AUGCCUGAUUCCUUGGUUGAUGACAAUGAUACCAUAUUAAAAGGAAUUGACAAAUUUAUCGGUUUCAAUCGUUACACUUUAUUUUUGUGCCUUGCAUUUGAACUUGUCAUUCUUUCACAAGCUGGCAAUGUAAUUUAUUUGAUAUUUGCUGCUGCGUCACCGAAUUUAAUCGGAUGUGGCACAACGAUAUUUAACGAAACUUUGAGCCAAUAUGAAGCAUGCGAACAAUUUGAAACUAUGAAUCGACUGGAAAAUCAAUCUUGCGCACCGAUUCUCGAAUAUCAAUUUCGGUCUGUUGCUGUUGAGUGGAAUUAUUUCUGUAGUAAAACAGUCAAAGUGAAAAAUUCGAUUUCAUUUCAAAUGUUUGGAAUUAUGGUUGGAGGCAUUAUUUUCGGGCAGUUAUCAGAUUUGUAUGGUCGUAAAAAGGUAUGCACGGAAUUCAUACCGUUUCAGACAGUACUAGUUUGUCUGCUGAUGACAAUCCUACUUGGGCUACUGUGUGCCCUUGCUAAAGAUCUUCUCAUGUUUGUCAUCAUCCGAAGUGUUAUCGGCAUUUUUAUAGGCGGCAAUGCAGUAGUAAUGUAUGUGUAUGUGAUAGAAAAAAUUCCUGCAAAUUAUCGGAUGAAAGUCAAUACUUUUGUCACCUGGUCGCCUAAUUUUGUAAUACUUUCCUUGGUUGCAUAUUUAACGGGUUCAUGGCAUACUCUUACAAUUGUUAUGAAUUUACUUGCUGCUCCAUCAUUUGUAUGCGUGCUAUUCCUCUAUGAAAGUCCGCGGUGGUUAAUGCAAAAGGGGCGAUUAGAUGAAGCAAAAGAAACACUGAUAGCGAUGAAUGAUUGGGGUCAAAGUAUAAAAAAAAGAGAAAAGUGUUUCAGUGAAGAAGAAGUGAUGAAUGCUCUCGGAUUCGAUUUGAAAGCUAGCUGCGAGUUACUACGACAGAAACAUUACUAUUUCCAUCAUUUGUUUUAUUCAUGGACUUUUCUGCGUUACAAUAUUAUCCUUGCAUUCAGCUGCUUCGCAAAUUCCGUUGCUUUCUACGCAAUGCUUUUCAAUCUCGAGAAAAUUUCUGGAUCACUCUACGUCAACACUGCCUUUUUAGGAGCAUUCCGUUAUGCACUCGGUAUUAUACUAGCAACAGUUGAUCACGCAUUCACUUUUGUCGGUCGUAAAUUUAUGCAUACAAUAGCAAUUAUUAUUUUUGUCAUAAGCGCUGCUAUUAUUCUGAUACUUAUCAAAACUGAUCUGGCAUUGGAAUUUAACGGAUUUAUUCGAGCAAUUACUUUAAUCGGCACGGGAUCGAUCUCUUUAUUAUUUAUUGUUAAUGCUAUUACAUGUGCCGAACUUUUUCCCACAGCUAUUCGAAACUUGGCAGGUGCCAAUAUCGGCACAUGGAGCCGUAUUGGUAACAUUGUUGCGCCACAACUUUUUUAUUUGGAUGAAUUCGAUCCAUCGCUGCCAUAUCUAGUAAUCAUCGUAAUGUUUGUUGUCGACGGUGUAACAUUUUUGUUUUGUCUACCAGAAACGAAAUCCCGACCGCUUGUUGAACAAAUGCCAUCUAAAGAGGAAUUCAUUUUGCGCAGCUGUAAAACAACUCGCACCCUAAGUUUACGAAUAGAUGAUGAUAUCGAAGAUAGUUGUUUGAAGUCGAACAAAUCGACUGACAUGCGAUAA